CUUUCGGCUGGGUUCAAUCAGCAAACAUGGGUGACUCUACGUGCACUCUCAGAACACGCAAGUUUCUUACGAACCGAUUGCUAUGUCGCAAGCAGAUGGUGGUAGAUGUUUUGCACCCAGGACGUGCCACUGUGCCAAAAACAGAAAUCCGUGAGAAACUUGCAAAGAUGUACAAGACCACUGAUGUGAUUUUCUGCUUUGGCUUCAAAACUCAGUUUGGUGGUGGAAAAACCACUGGCUUUGCACUUGUAUACGAUACACUAGACUUUGCGAAAAAAUACGAACCAAAGCAUAGGCUUCAAAGGCAUGGACUUUAUGAAAAAAAGAGGCCAUCUAGGAAACAGAGGAAGGAAAAGAAAAACAGACAAAAGAAAGAACGUGGUACAGCCAAAGCUAAAGUUGGUGUCGGCAAGAAGUAAUCAUCGGAGUUCAACAUCAAGACCUGAUGUGUUUUUUGUGGUGGAAGUUACAAGUUUAAUGUAUAAAUAAACUUCACCAGUGACGAGAUAUUGUGUUCAGUGUGUUUAUAUGUAGACCUGUAUUAAGGUUUAUACAUACCUGUUGACAUUUUAGAAAUUAAAAGUUCUUGGGUA